AUGGUUAAGUUCGGCAAGCACAAAUUCAAAGCACUAAACAAACUUGCUAAAAACCAGAAAUUAGCAAAUACUUCAGGCUUAUCCAACAAGAUACUGAAAAAGAAAAUCAAUGCAGAUAAAAAGGUGACUUUUCAAAAAGAGAUUUUACUGAAUGAGCUACCAGCACUUGAUAACAAUACACUUGUGAAAAAUGUAACUGCGAAAGAUAUAAUCCACAGUGAACGAACUAAAAUAUCUGGGAAGAAGAAAACACUGGAACAGACACAAAAGCCGAAACAGAAGCCAGUCGAAAAACAUAAAAAACGUCAAAAAACACAAAUAAAUGAUACUAAACUAUUGUUAAGUUUAAUGAAGAAGAGUAAAUAA